UUUAAUAAAACAUAAUAAUUUUACAAAACCAAAACAACACAAAUCUAAAAUCUCCUCCUUCCUUGCAACCAUGGCAGCAACCACAUCUUCAAACCUCCUUCACUUCUCAAGCUCCCACUCCAUUUCACGUCUAUCCCCACUCAAAACCACCCUCUUUACAUGCUCUAAAAGACGGUCUGGUUCCGCCUCGGCCACCGCCACUACAGGAGGAAUAGUACGAUGCAUGGCGGUGGCAUCUGAGGCGGAAUCCGUAAAGAAAACAAGUUCUUAUCAAAUAAUGACAUUAACAAACUGGUUGUUGAAGCAAGAGCAAUCCGGAGUCAUUGAUGCUGAACUUACUAUUGUGUUAUCCAGCAUUUCAAUGGCUUGUAAACAGAUUGCAUCGUUGGUGCAACGUGCCAGCAUCUCGAACCUCACCGGAGUCCAAGGAGCGGUGAAUGUCCAGGGAGAGGAUCAGAAGAAACUCGAUGUUGUCUCCAAUGAGGUGUUUUCGAAUUGUUUGAGAUCAAGUGGGCGAACCGGAAUCAUUGCGUCGGAAGAAGAGGAUGUGCCGGUGGCGGUUGAAGAGAGUUACUCGGGUAACUACAUUGUGGUGUUUGAUCCUCUUGAUGGGUCAUCCAACAUUGAUGCUGCUGUUUCAACUGGUUCUAUUUUUGGAAUUUAUAGCCCCAAUGAUGAGUGUCUUACUGAUAUUGGUGAUGACUCUGCGCUAGACAGUGUGGAACAAAGGUGCAUUGUCAAUGUAUGUCAACCCGGAAACAACCUCCUAGCAGCCGGUUACUGUAUGUACUCAAGCUCCGUAAUCUUCGUCCUCUCCAUAGGAACUGGAGUUUAUGCAUUCACUUUAGACCCAAUGUACGGCGAGUUUGUACUCACUCAAGAAAAGAUUCAAAUUCCGAAAUCAGGAAAGAUCUACUCAUUUAACGAAGGAAACUACCAACUAUGGGACGAUAAGCUUAAGAAGUACAUGGAUGAUCUAAAGGACCCCGGUCCUACAGGCAAGCCGUAUUCGGCUAGGUAUAUUGGUAGUUUGGUUGGUGAUUUUCAUAGGACACUUUUGUAUGGAGGGAUUUAUGGUUACCCGCGUGACAAAAAGAGCAAGAACGGGAAGCUUAGGCUGUUGUACGAGUGUGCACCGAUGAGUUACCUUGUUGAACAAGCAGGUGGAAAGGGGUCGGAUGGACAUCAACGAGUGCUUGACAUCCAGCCAACCGAGAUUCAUCAGCGAGUUCCUUUAUACAUUGGGAGCGCAGAAGAAGUGGAAAAAUUGGAAAAGUAUUUGGCUUAAAUGUAAAAUAUGAAAGUAAAUUAAGAGGUGGUGUUCGUGGGGAUCUUUGUCAUGUUCUAUCUAGUUCGUGCAAUAAUGGUUAUGACAACGUAAGUAUAAUCAGUCAAACACACUUAUCGGUCAAUAAACUGUAACUUUUCUAA